UCAGGCGUGAUACGUAGUCCGUAUGCAAAUAUAUGCGCAUGCGCACCAUUGAAUAGGGCAGGGGUGCGUAUUAGGUGAAGACAAAGGUAUACAGUCGAGCAACCUGAACCCACCGUAUUUAUUUUGAAUGAAGCUUAAUGUUUUUAAUUUUUUUGUAUCCCGCGAAUGUGUAGUGUGGAACUGUGACAGCUGGAGUCUCGUCGACGGCCACAGAAGCGAUUGUUGGUCAUGUUGUAGCGCGUUCUUCCUGUCUCCGUUUUCUCAGCUGUGGCCUCAGUUCCUGUUUCCGCCCAAAUCACAGGCACAUUACUACUAUAAGCACUGUAAUUAAGGAUUGGAUGCGUGGUUCCUGAUCUGUAGAGCCUACAAAUGCUAGACAUGUGGAAAAGUUAAGUUUCUCCUCUCUCCAAUUUGGGAAAAUCCAGAACAUCAACCUCAAGGCCUUUUCAAUUUCUAUGACCAUCACGGUCUUCCAUAUCUACUGUUGACUACAUAUAAAGGUGGUGUAGCAGUGGGUAGUAAGGAUGCAGAAGUGCGCUACACUGUGAGGAGAUAGAGAGAGACAUGCGGACGUGGACAGGAUCAUGGCGAUGGAUUAUGCUUGUGCUGUUGGCAUGGGGCACCUUGCUGUUCUAUAUUGGUGGGCAUCUGGUACGUGACAGUGAACAGACUGAGCAUCCCAGCCGUGAGCUCUCCAAAAUCCUAGCUAAGCUUGAGAGACUCAAGCAUCAGAACGAGGAGCUGCGACGCAUGGCUGAGACUCUCAGGUUGCCAGAGGCUCAAGCUGAUGCGGACACUGGAGCUGCAGGGAAGCUUCGCAUACUGGAGGAGCAGUUACUCCGAGCCAAAGAACAGAUCAACUCUUACCGCAAUCUACCUGUUGAUGAAAUCUGUGUGUGUUCAGGCCCAGGGAGAAAACAGGAGGAGUUACGGAGAAUGAUUGAGAACGGUAUACGAGAAUUGUGGUACUUUGUGCACAGUGAGGUGAAGAAACUGGGCCACAUAGAGACAGGAGAACUCCAGAAACACAUCAACAUGCUGCUGCAAGACUUGGGCCAACGUCAGAGGUCCAUCAUGACAGAUUUGUACCAUCUGAGCCAGGGAGAUGGAGCUGGAGAUUGGAGAGAAAAGGAGGCCAAAGACCUUUCAGAUCUAGUCCAAAACAGGAUAACAUACCUACAGAACCCGCCAGACUGUGGAAAGGCACGCAAGCUGGUGUGCAACAUUAAUAAGGGCUGUGGUUAUGGCUGCCAGCUGCAUCACGUGGUCUACUGCUUCAUGAUCGCCUAUGGCACCCAACGGACACUUAUCUUGGAGUCACAAAACUGGCGCUAUGCCACUGGGGGCUGGGAAACUGUAUUUAAACCUGUCAGUGAAACAUGUACUGACCGCAGUGGGGCCUCUACUGGACACUGGUCUGGUGAAAAUAAUGAUCAAGCCGUGCAAGUGAUUGAGUUGCCUAUUGUGGAUAGCCUCCAUCCACGUCCCCCUUACCUGCCUCUGGCUAUCCCAGAGGAUCUGUCUGAACGGCUGCAACGGCUGCAUGGGGACCCCUCUGUCUGGUGGGUGUCUCAAUUUGUCAAAUAUCUGAUCCGACCACAGGCUUGGCUUGAGAAAGAGAUACAUGAUGUGACCAUCAAGCUGGGCUUCAAACACCCCGUCAUAGGAGUGCAUGUGCGUAGGACAGAUAAGGUGGGGACCGAAGCUGCAUUCCACCCUAUUGAGGAGUACAUGCUGCAUGUUGAGGACCAGUUCCAGAGUCUGGCACAUCGCAUGCACAUUGACAAGAAACGUGUUUACCUGGCCACUGAUGACCCUUCACUACUGCAGGAGGCUAAGUCUAAGUACCCAGAUUAUGAGUUUAUCAGUGAUAAUUCCAUCUCCUGGUCAGCUGGCCUGCACAACCGCUACACUGAGAACUCAUUAAGAGGUGUCAUCCUUGACAUCCACUUCCUGUCCCAAACCAACUUCUUGGUCUGCACCUUCUCCUCCCAGGUGUGUCGUGUGGCCUAUGAGAUCAUGCAGACGCUGCACCCAGAUGCUUCAUCCUACUUCUACUCACUGGAUGAUAUAUACUACUUUGGGGGGCAAAAUGCACACAAUCAAGUGGCUAUUUAUGCACAUGAGCCCCAUAGGCAAGGAGAAAUUUUGUUGGAACCUGGGGAUGUGAUUGGAGUGGCUGGCAACCACUGGGAUGGCUACUCAAAGGGCAUCAACCGCAAGACUGGUCGCACUGGCCUCUACCCCUCUUACAAGGUAAAGGAGAAAAUAGAGACAGUGAAGUACCCCACGUACCAGGAAGCUGACAAACUGCUUAAGAAACAGUAGAGGGAAAUAUAUUUUAUAAUAUCCAGUAUAAUGAAGAAAGCCUGGACCACCUGGAUGGAAAUGCACUGUGUGUGUGUGUGUGUGUGUGUGUGUGUGUGUGUGUGUGUGUGUGUGUGUGUGUGUGUGUGUGUGUGUGUGUGUGCGCGCGCGCCUGACUUUGGACCUGAAGAGGGUCAUUAGAAUUGUAAAAAAAAAAAACAAUAUAUAGAUUGGACUGGCAGCAUAAUCAAACAUGCCACUGCAGGUAUAAUGAAGGUAACUUUGUUAUUUUAGGAAAUGAUGCUUAGAAAAAAAGAAAAGAAAAAAGCAGCACUACAGGCAGUUUAAAACAAGGAAUCUUACAUUUAAACUCCAAACUUUUGCUUGAGCACUGUUUUCUUGUGAUAAUUUCUCCAUUAUGUAACUGACUACAUUAGAACAUUAGUCAUAAACCUUUUUCCUCUGUUCUUAUUCUCUGAAUAUUAAUAUGCCACUACACACCAAUAACAUCAGCUUUUACUUUCCAUUGUUGUCUUGUGCUAUGAUUUUUAAUGGUUUUGUCAGAGUAUCUCUGUAUGUUUGUUCAUGUGCAACAUAGAACCAAAUAAUGUGCCUAAGAAUAAUAGAUGAUGGACCGCAAAAUGCUACAUAAAAAUGAUGCAAACUCCAGCGCCUUACAGAGGAUUACACUCCUGACCAACUACUCCUUGUUGUUCUUUGUUUUCACAGAUUCUUUAAUGUUCAAUGUUCAAACAUUAAAACCACAAGAAAAGGAAAGUUAAAAUUAAAAUGGCUCAUUGUUGAUACUUAAUUAGCAAAAUUUAUAAUGACAGUGCUAAGAAAGAAUAUAAGUAUGAUAAUGGAAUAUCAUUGUAACAUUUUAGUGUACUAGAGUAAUUUAAUAUUUUGAUUGUGUGAACAUUGUCUUUUCUGAAUUGAUCAAAUAAACUUGAUCAGCCAUUGUG